AUGGAAUCACCAAGAAUAACCGAAAUUAAUCGAGAUGUUCGAGUUGAUAUAUCACCUGGGUCAACUCAAUAUUACACCCCUUUAUGCGAUCAUGAUUUGAAGCCCUUUGUUGGACAAGAAUUUAAGACGUUAGAUGAUGGUCUUCAAUUUUAUAAGAAAUAUGCAGUUGAAUGUGGAUUUGACAUUCAACGUUCAACAUUGUCAAAGUCAAAUAAUGGUGUUUGCAUUAGGAGAUAUAUUUUUGAGGAGAUACAUAACGAUAUUGUAGCUGCAUGCUUUGAAUGCCGAAUAUUGACUCUUGUAGAUGAUCCUGAUCAUCGUUUCUAUGAAAUCGAAGAUGUCACUUACAGUGCAUGUGAAGUUGUUUAUGACAAAUCACCAAACACAGCAACUUGUAGUUGCAAGAAAUUUGUGAGGGUUGGAUUACUAUGCUUCCAUGUUUUCUAUGUGUUUAAAGAUUUGAAUCUCCAAUCAAUCCCAGAAAUAUAUUUGGUUCCUAAGUGGACAAAAUAUGCAUCAUUGAAGCCUAUAUUUGAAGUUCAUGGUCAAAUUAUUGAUCAGUGUGCUAUGAUUGAAGAUCAGAAGUCAAUUAUGAAUCAAUUAUUCUCGGAGUUCUAUUCUUGUAUUGGGUUAGUUGAAGGAAAUAAUGAUUUCAUGAAAAGUUUGCUACAUUCUCUUAAGAAUCAGAGACAUAUCUUUACCUCUGGUGUGGACCAAUCUUCAGCAACUACGUCCAAGAAAAAGUUGUUUGAGGAUUACUAUGGAGGCUCUGUUCCACAAAAAGUAUUGCCACUGCUUCCUGUUAAAACAAAAGGGAGUGGUAGUCGAUUGAAAUCAAGGAAAGAAAAGGCAAUUGAAAAAAGCAAUAAGCCUUUGAGAAGAUGUAAUAUGUUUGUUGGAUCAUUCCAAAAAUCAUCAUCUGUUUGCAUGCUUACAACUUCAGUCGCCUUAGGUGGUUCAUAUGAGGCUUGCAACGUAACAAAGGAAUUUCAAGCAGUGAAUGUAUCUGUUAAGACACUAGAUAAUGGAGAUCUGAGAUUGUUGGUGCCAAGUGUUGAUCCUAAGCAACAAACUUUUCUCGUUUGCCUUGCAGUAUCAGUUUAUAUGGAAAGGUUAUAG